AUGUUAAGUCGCUUCCAUAAUUUACCUGAUCUAGCAUUUAUUGAAAUACUUUCUUAUCUCUCUUGUGCUGAUGCUUUGUGGUCUUUCAGUAAGCUCAAUAUUCAUCUGACAAAAUUAUUAAUUGAACGAGGUUUUUAUCAUCAUGUUAAUUUAUCAUCUACUCGUUACUGUCAAUUUCAAACAUUUUUAUCUUUACUUCGAUUAAAUGAAAUACAAUCACUUGUUAUUGACUGUUAUGGAUCAUCUCUUCAACUAAAAACUUGGCCUUAUUUACCAAAUUUGAGAACUUUGAAAGUGAAAGGUGUACAAGACUUGGUUGAUGUUUUCAAAUUUGCACAACAACAUGCCAAUACAUUAACUCAUCUUACAGUUGAAUCAAGCCAGUAUUUUGAAACAUGUGGUAUAUUCCAAGAAGUGUGUUAUCCAGCAUGGAAUUUAUGUGAUUUCAUUACUGAAGUUUUUCAUCAUCUGCCUGCUCUUCGUUCACUUGAUCUAGGAACGGCAGAAUCUUUUUUCUUACAUCGUUGGAAUUUUAAAACGAUACAAACACCAUUAAUCAAUUUAACUCUUACACUCUCUACAACACAUGCCUUAUUAAUGAUCAUGUCGACUGAACCAUUAGCACAUACAUUACAACGAUUACACAUAACAUUGAAUGAUCACUGUAGUGAUAUGGAAUAUAGUUUAUGUGAUACAAAUCUUUUACCUGAAAUGAAAGCAUUACACAUAUUUAGUUUUACCAAAUCUUUUGUUUGGCAUUGUAUUGAGGAAUGGAAAUUUAUUGAUGCCUUAACUUCUUCUCGUAUUAUGCCUAUAUUACGACGAAUGAAUUUUUCUGUUGUAAUUGAUGUUAAUGAUCUUGUUGAAAUGAAUCGUUCAGCACUGUUUACAGAUUUUCGUCAUAUUGAUGUUCAUUAUACUUUUAUUAUCAAUGAUGAUCGAUCACAUAUGGAACUUCGUGAAUAUAUACUACAUAAUAAUAAACUUCAUUCUAAUCAAAUAGUUAGUGCAACAUUUAUUUCUGAAUCUUGGCCUGGUAGUCAUCCGUUCAUAACUCCUGGUCAAAACUAUCGAACGAAACAAACCAAAAGUCGACAACAUCUAUUCUACACAUUGCCAUGGAUUUUCAAGGAAUUUUUUGAAUUAUGUGUUCCAGAUAGAUACAAUCUUCCAUCGUCUGCUACUUUCUUCUCUCAUCUUAUUUCUUCAAAUGAAAUUUUCGAACUUCAUUUAUUACGAUGUGAUAGACAAGUUUCGAUGAAUUUACCGAAUCUUCGUCAUCUUAUUCUCACAGACAGUCUCGACUCGUUGAAUAGUUUUCAACUUUCAAAAAAUAUUCGAUCUAUUCAAAUAACUCUUCAUCAUCAAUGUACAAAUUUUGCAACUUGUGAUUGGACUGCCUUACGUAAACUGUCAAGUUUGCCAGAGCUAAAUUCUUUGCGUGUGCUUUUGUACAAUAUGCAUAUUUCUCCAGAUGAUACAAGCUGUCAAAUCAUUGCAGACGUAGCACCAAUGAUUUCUGACUUUUCUUUUUGUUUUCGACGUCGUCAUUAUCAAGCUGUUUAUGAUCUUGAUUCGGCACAAAUGAAACAAUCUUCAUUUAUUGAACAAUUGAAAAAUCGUAUUCUUGCUUUAUCACUAAAUAAACAACCGUAUAUUGUUGUUGAAGAAGGUGCUUCCGGACUUACUGUCUGGUUUUGA